AUGGCACCGUUUUCAAAGAAUGACAGCUACGGCGUUGCGUCAUCUUGUUUGAAGAAGUACAAGGGAAGGACGAUUUAUUCUUGCGACGGCCGCCAGCAGACGUCGGUGGGCGGCCCGCACCAGCAGGCCACGGCGUACACGGUGCCGCCGCCGACGCAUUUGCCCACGCACCUGCCGACACCCAACGUCGUCAUUACGCAGCGGGAACGGGUGCGAAGGCCGUUCGCCCCGGGGCGCCAGUUGCCCGGCGGUGCGAGUGGAGUGGCGCACCAGAGCGGCGGCGCCGGGGCCCGGAGGCGCCACGGCGUGGAAAUCGGUCGAUACAGAACCGGAUCACUCAUGGAGUACUCGUACUUGUCUGUCAGUGAGGCAAAGGGAUGUUCCAGGGGUUCGUCCAAGGGUGACGUGAACUCGAAUUCUCGCACCAGCCACGGGGACUAUCGCCACGGGCGCAGUAAUGGCAGCCCCAAGGUCAUCACGGACGUGCGCCAGUUGCCGGAUAUCCCGCGUCCGGCCAGACUCGACAUCCUCUUGUCCAUGCCGCCGGUGCCGCGCGAGGAGCAACGAGAGCACUCGUGGAAUCCGGACGACAGGUCCUACAACAUUUACGUCAUG